GUCUGGUAGAACGGCUCUGGCCCACUUCAAGAACAUGUGGUGUUCGUUUCGCUGCUUUCAUUGGAGACUCUAGAGUAUACCAUCACCAAUGAAUUUAACCCAGAGCCAGGUAUUUCUAAUUUGAUAAUGAGAAGAUAAAAAUAUUAAGUACACAUUUCUAAGAUUUUCUGUGCAAGUAUGAAUGGUGCGUAUGCAUUGGACUGGCUCGCACAAUCAGCUCGCCAUUCAAUGAGUGCUCAAAGGCCAAUUGGGUUCAAUUCAUUUCCCUGCAGAAACACACCCACGUCCGCAAAAACAAAAAAUAAUCUCACAGCAAGAAGAUGGAAUACAGUUACAUCUCAAGGCUCAGUUGGGUACAAAUUAUUGCCCAACAGAAAACCCACAUCCCCAAAAUCGAUGAAUAAUUUCACAAGCGGAAGAUGGAGCUAUACGAGAAUGAAAUUGACUCCCCUUGCCAUUGCAGAGCCCUUAACAAGCUCUUCCCCAGAAACAAAUGCAAUUACUGAAAAUGAAGAGGAGAACAAAUUCAAUUGGUUCCAGCAAUGGUAUCCUGCUGCACCAGAAUAUGAUCUAGAUAAGAGAGUGCCUCAUGCAUUCAGGGUGUUAGGGCUUGACAUUGUUCUGUGGUGGGAUAAGAGAGAACAGGAAUGGCGAGUCUUUGAUGACAGCUGCCCUCACAGAAGGGCACCUCUCUCUGAAGGAAGAAUUGAUGAAGAUGGUGACCUGCAGUGCAGUUAUCAUGGCUGGUGCUUUGGUUCCAAGGGAGAAUGCAAAUACAUUCCACAGGUCCCCUCUGAUGGACCCCCGGUGCAUACCUUCAAGAAAGCAUGUGCACGUGUUUAUCCAUGUCUACAACAGCAAGGUAUCAUCUGGUUUUGGCCAAAUACUGAUCCUCAAUUCAAAGAUAUUGCUGUGGAGAAAAGGCCACCUUUCAUUCCGGGGCUAAGCGAUCCCUCAUUCCCAUGCACUUUAUCAAUGAGAGAUAUACCUUACGGAUACGAAAUACUUACUGAAAACCUUAUGGACCCUUCCCAUGUUCCAUAUGCACAUCAUGGGCUUGUUGCUCAGACUGACACAGCCAGAGUUAGUGGCUCCCCAAAGAGUGAUAGGAGGGCAGGCAAGCCAAUAAACCUGCGUUUAAAAAAUCUAGAGAAGUCAGGUUUUCAAGGUGAAAAUGAACAAGGCUCGUCAAACUUUGUAGCUCCUUGUGUCUAUGUCUCUGACUUCAGUUUCACACCAAAAAAGGGAAUGGGUCAGACAUCAAUAUCAGGAGCCAAAGAGGAGAAAAAGAAUACUAUUUUACUUGUGUUUAUUUGUGUACCAGUGAGCCCAGGCAAAAGCAGACUUAUAUGGGCUUUCCCAAGGAACUUUGCCUUGUGGUCAAAUAUUUUUUUGCCACGGUGGAUAACUCAUAUUCAACAAAAUCUCUUUCUUGACUCAGAUUUAUAUUUUCUUCAUCUUGAGGAGCAUAAACUCCAAGACUAUGGUCAAACAAAUUGGGAAAAGGCUUGCUAUGUUCCCACAAAAGCAGAUGCAUUUGUGGUGGCAUUUAGAAAAUGGCUGAAACAAUAUGCGGGCAAUGGAGUUCCUUGGGGAGAGAAGUAUUUAUAUGGCACACUUCCACCAACCCCUCCUAAAGAACAAUUAAUGGACAGGUAUUGGACCCAUGUGGUGAAGUGUCGUAGUUGUAGUGGUGCUUUAAAGGUAUUCAGAGUUCUUGAGAGCAUCACGCCAGUGUUAUCCAUUGUAUGUAUUGCAAUACUUGGAGCUAAAGCAAUCAUUAAACCUAUGUCAUUAUUGUCUCUUAAUGUUUCAAACUCAAUUUUAGUUAGUGGGGCAUUAGUGUUUUUCUUAGCAUCAAGAUGGUUACCAUACUUUAUCCACAAAACCUAUUAUUUUCAUGACUAUAAUCAUGCUCUUGUCAAGUGAAGUGUAUAAUCAAGACGACAUAGUUUUUUAUAUGUAACAUAAAUUUUCAUAACCAAGCAUGAGUUAUAGAAAACUAUAGCAUGAUAAAUUAUUGUUUCAAUUA